UACAUCAUCAGGCAGCCAGCCUGGGAGGUGUGUGCCUGAGAUCAGGCUGUUGUGUCCUUGGGAGUCGACCACAAGAAACUUGGACACCUGUGUGUGCAGACCAGACCUGUGGGAGUGGGGAGAUGAGAGCACUUUCCUGAGGCAGUUGAGAGUGAAGGCUUCAGAGAAGGGGCUCCACAGCGUCCGUUGGCCACGCCUGAACUGUCCAGGCCAGCCAGGGUGGGCCUCUUGAGUGUGCCGGUCUGGUCUAAUGAGAUAAGAUUGAAGCAGAUGAGAAGGGCAAUUGGGGAUUGUAAUUGUCCCAGCGAUCUCUGGCUCCUACACUCAGCAUGGUUGCCAUGUGUCUUCCUGGGGAGAUGCAGACAAACAUCUAUUCAACCCAAAAGUGGCGCUGACAGAAAACCAAAGAAAUGGUCCCAGCCAAGUGCAGUCUGAUCUUGCCUCUGCAGUGAAUGCAGCUUCAAGGACCUGUCUUUGUGGGUGUGCCCCUCCUGGGGCCUAUCCUGAUUUGGAUGUUCACUCGUCAGAUACCCAAUUGGUGUGAAGAUGAGAGGAAGCUGCCUUGGUGCCCACCCCACAAGGUCAUACGGCUGGUAUGGGCAAUCAUCUACUCUGUCAUGGGCUAUGCCUCCUACCUGGUGUGGAAGGACCUGGGAGGGGGCUUCCGGUGGUCCCUAGCACUGCCCCUUGGCCUCUACACUUUCCAACUCGCCCUCAGCUGGACAUUCUUGAUGCUCUUCUUGGCAGCCAACAGCCCUGGGCUGGCCCUCCUGGACCUGUUGCUGCUCUAUGGGCUGGUGGCAAGCAUGGUGCUUAUCUGGCAGCCCAUCAACAAGCUGGCUGCCCUGCUCCUGCUGCCCUACCUGGCCUGGCUCACUGUGACCACCGCCAUCACCUACCGCCUGUGGAAGGACAGCCUAUGUCCCAUGAACCAGCCCGAGCCACCCGAGAAGAGCAACUGAGGCACCAGGGGACAGGAGGGGAAGGAGGAUGGCCAGAGGUAGGAGCAGCCGUGGAGCUGGGAACACUUGAUGGGGCCGCUCUCCUAGAUCUUCCUGUUGCCCUUUCUCCUUAGACGUCAGAGAAAUAGAAAAGAGGGGGUGCUUUCCGACACAUAAUAAAAUCCUGUUGUUGACCUUGA